GAAUAUUUUAGUGAUUUCUUUUUAGUAAUGCCACAAUCUGAUUGGACAAUAUUAUAAGUAAAGCGUAACCUAAACCAUUAGUUGAAGCAAAAACGUAACCAGUAAUCUUAAGGAGCAGCUAAAGAUAAAUAUGAAUAGAAUCUUAUUCUAAAUGACAUUUGAACAAACCAAUUCUCCCUUUUCAGAAAAGCAUAUCGUAUUCAUUUUAGUUUAAAAAAAUUUAUAAUCUGUGUACGUUUUCAAAAUAAGAAUUAUCCAGACGUUUCCGAUCGUCGUCAUCAGUAACUCAGUUAUUCAUUUUCGUGUUGGACGUGUAGGUGUUGAGAACAGCUAAGCUCUUUAAGAUUACAAAAUGUCAACCGACAGCACUGUCAGAUAUGAUUUUGUUAUAUUUGGAGCUACGGGAUUUACAGGACAAUUUGUUGUUGAAGAGGUUGCAAGGAUUGCAGAAGAAGAAAAUUUGACAUGGGCCAUCGCUGGGAGAAAGAUGGAUAAACUUCAAAAAGUUCUGUCUGAUGCGUCAAAAAAGACAGGAAAAGAAUUAGAAGACAAACCUAUUAUUAUUGCUGAUGUUUCUAGUGAUCAAUCAUUGAUUGAAAUGUGUCAACAAGCUAAAACUGUUAUUAACUGCGUAGGACCCUACAGAUUCUAUGGAGAACAAGUUGUAAAAGCCAGUAUAGAAGCUAAAUGUAAUCAUAUUGAUAUCAGUGGUGAACCACAGUUUUUAGAGAAGGUACAGUUACUAUAUCAUGGUAAAGCACAAGAAGAAGGUAUCUAUAUUAUUGGUAGCUGUGGGUUUGAUAGUAUACCAGCUGAUAUGGGUGUCAUAUAUACCAGAAAUAACUUCCCAGGUGAUUUGAAUUCUAUUGAAUCUUAUCUGGAUAUAAAAACUGGACCUGCAGGUGCAGGAAUUAAUUUUGCUACAUUUGAGUCUGCUGUCAAUGGGUUUGCCUAUGCUGGGGAAUUGAUGUCAUUAAGAAAGUCUUUAUUUCCCAGUCCACUGCCAAAAAGUCAACACAAGUUAGCCAAAAGAUCAGCUGUAUUUAAGAGUGAAGAGAUAGAUAAAUGGUGCGUACCAUUCCCUGGUAGUGAUAGAUCAGUUGUAAAUAGAACUCAGAGAUUUAACUAUGAUCAAAAUAAAACUAGACCGAUUCAGUUUGUACCCUACUUUGCUUGUCCUAGUACCUUCUCUAUGAUUUUGACAGUAAUUUUUGGAAUAUUUUUCGGUCUGUUUGCGAAAAUAAUGCCUAGCAUACUAUUGAAAUUUCCCUCCUUAUUUACUGGUGGACUGGUAACUAAAGGUGGCCCUUCUAAGAAACAAAUUGAAGAAACCUCUUUCUCUAUGACAUUCUAUGGUCAAGGCUAUGACAGUAAGAUUGCUGAUGUAGAAGUUCAACAUGAAAAUGCUCCCUCCAAGAAAAUUGUUACUAAAGUGGUCGGUCCAGAGCCAGGGUAUGUAAGUACACCGAUUUGUCUAGUCCAGGCUGCUGUGGUGCUAAAUAAAGAGAAGAGUAAACUACCAUCAACUGGUGGAGUUUAUACUCCUGGAGCUGCCUUCCAGAAUACUUCACUAAUAGACAGACUUGAUAAACAUAAUGUUAAAUUCUCUCUUGUCCAGACUGAUUAGGUGCAGAAUUAUCUGUAGCAUUGUGAAAUUAUCUAAAAGUUGACUCUUCAUACAGGCCAUUUAUGUAUUGCAUUAUGAAUAUUGUCUGAAAUCUUUAUAUCUUUAAGGUUGUCUGGCUUGUGUAUAAUGUGUGUCUGGGACACUUUAUAUAAGUUCUCUUUGCAUCUUUCGAUUUCCUGUGUCUGGUUUAUCUAUAAUCCAGACAUCUUUAUACCAAUACAAUUCACGCCAAAUUUUGAUAAUACAUAUUAAACUUAUAUAAAUGUUACCAGAAUACAUACAUAGGCUGGAAAACUACGCUGGAAUCAGUCUACUUAAAAUUAGACCAAACAUUCUGUUUUUAUUCGCUUUUAUUUUUAAUAUAGCCACUUCAUUUAGGGUCAAAUAUGACAAAAAGGUGUAUUCAGAGAAGCAUUGGACACUGAAUGACCUCUUAUCAAAAUCCCAGUGAUGGAGAGGGCAGGUAUUUGAUUGGCUGAUGGUGUCAAAUGGACGAAAGAAGGCCAUCUUUAGAACCUGUAUUAAAAAUAAAAGCUAAUAAAAAAACAGAACAAAAUUUUGUUCUAAUUGUAAUUACACUGCCAUGGAAUCCUUUUAAAAUAUCCCUCGCCUUUUGAAUUAGAAUAGAAACUAUGAUAGAAUUUAAACUUACGAAAAUGAUGGUCAAAUGUCCUUAUAGAUAUUUUCGCAAUGUUUUACAGAAGAAAACCUAAUAUAACUAUAUUUUUUUUUUUGCGUAUCUAUGAUCAAGUCAAACAUACACACGAACAGUCCAUUAUAUUCUAGGUAGUAUAAUUAUUAAUGGACAGUAUACAGUCUGUCUUCAUUAGUUUCAAUCAACAUUUAUUUUACCUUUAAAUAAAGUAGACUCUUCUAGUUUAUGAUUUAAGCUUAGAAAGUGAACAAAUACCUAACUUGACUGUAACAAUGUCCUUCCUAUUUCUGUGUGCUAUAGUUGUAUUAUUACUGAGUAGAACCUUAUUGCCAAACAUUUGUGCUACUUUUCAUUUUUUAAAUAAUUUUGCUAUUAUUUGUUUAGAUGUAGUCCUAAAUUGCUGAAUAUUCCUUUUUUGAAAAAUUGCCAUUUACUAGAGGCUUUUUACCCCCUUGUUGUUAUUUAUUGUUAUUUUCCCUUACAUUGCUAGUUUUGCUUCAUUUUCUCUUUCUGUUACUCUUAGUGUUUUGAUUAUUGUUAUUUUCCCUUUGCAAUCUUUUUCCAAUGUUAGCUAGUUUCUAUUGUUAUUUUCCCUGUUAUUACUGCAAUAAGUUUCCAGUUACUACAAUUUUCACUUUUUCUUUUUCACAUCCAUUGCCUUUCUUAAUUUGCUUGACUAUGAAAGAAGUUCAUAAAAUAUUGAUUGAAUCUCUUUUUGAGGUAAUUGUGCAAUGUAUUCAUCAGCAUUAAACCGGUGUAUCUGCAUGCUUCAAUUUAGAUUAAGAUCGUUUUUGCUGAAAAUAUCAUAGGAACAUUAUCCUGAAAUCUCUGGCAGAUGUCAGACAUACUGGUAAAAACCAAGUGUACACAAAACAAUGCAAAAGUAAUUAAUAUUUAUUCUUAUAAGAUCUUAUAUUGCUUAUUUUCAUGUUUUGAAAUAGAUAGAUGCAUGAAUAUACCAUUUGAAGUUAGUAUAACCCUUUUGUAAAAAGGUGUGGUCAACCUUACAGUUAGUAACCAACCCUUUGUUAAUGGUAAACCCUUCAGUAAGUUACCACCCCUUAAUUGUGAAUGAUAAACCCUUGAGUAAGUUACUACCCCUUUGUGAAAGGUAAACCCUCCAGUAAAUCACCACCCCUUUGUGAAAGGCAAACCCUGAGUAAGUAACCAUGCCUUUGUUAAAAGUCAAACCCUUCAGAAAAAAGCAACCCUUUUAUCAAAGGUCAACCCUUAAGUAAUCAUCUAUUUGUUAAAGGUCAACCUUUAGUAAGUAACCCCCCCCCCCCUUUGUUAAUGGUCAACCCUUCAGAAAAUAAACCUUUUGUUCAAGGCCAGUCUUGGUCAAGUAACAAUAUUUUCAUUAAGGGUCAACCCUUUAGCAAAGUAACAAACCUUUUUUUUUAAAGGUCAAACCUUAGUAACCAUAACCAUAGAAUCUGUUUUGGAAACCAUUUAAGUAAAAUCUGACUUCUCUGUUCAAAACACAGAAGUCAAUGCCAAAAGAAGAGAGGGCACAGUUGAUUGUGGGUUAUCUGUGAUUUAAACUAUAGACUGAAGGGACCAUACAUUUUUAUAUACACAUUCUAUAAUACAAUGAUAUAUUUAUUUGUUAUUUUAUUUAUAAAUGCUAUAUUAUUAUAUUUAAUUGUUAUUAGCUUAGCUUGUUAUUUUGAUUACUUCGAUGACCCUUUGGUAGUCCAGAUAUUUUUGGUGCUUUUUAAAAGUCUUUGGAUGAAAUCAUGUAUGACACGCUUUGUCAAAGUAGUUAAAUUUAGGGUUGUUACAUUAUGCUUAAUGCUUAUUUUGCAUGAACUAAUUUCAUUUGUGUAUUUAUUUGGCAUUGUAUCAAGGUGCUAUGAUAAUAAACUUCCUAUGUAC